GGGCCGCGCGUGCGCAAUCGUGCGUAACCGAGGACGCGCGUGCGUUUUCUUGCGUAACCGAGGACGCGCGUGCGCAAUUGUGCGUAACCGUGCGCAACCGAGGGCGCUGUCUUCGACUAAACAGAGCGCACCCAAUUUUCAAUGUGGUAACACUUGCCGGACUAGGGGUAGGCUGGAUAUUAGGGAAGUGCCUGGCGCCCCCAAGCUUUGCGCCCUAGUCACGUGCCUCUUGUGCCUACUCCUAGCUCCGGCCCUGUGUGUUACUCCUAUAGUUCCACCCCACUCCCCUCCCACUGUACAGGUGCCAAAACAUGUCGAGUCCUUUCUUGUGGCGCUUCCUGUCAUUCACGCAGAAGUAUCGUGGGACGCUGCUCGCUGUAUCAUCUGUUGGCCUCUUUGCUGCCAAUAUCUCGUACCAUGUUGCCCCCGAGCAGACCUUCAGAAAACUCUAUCAAGGCUGGUCAAAAGGAGAACCUGUUCAGCUUACAGCCAAACUACAGGGCCUUUUUCAGGAAGUCCUUGAAGAGACUCACAUGGGGGUGACUUCAAGUUAUGUUCCAUUUUCAGCCUUUGGCUUUCACCCUGUAAGUGCUGGUAUCCCCUGGCUUCCCAGUGGCUGUUUAAUUGGCAUUCCUUUCAAUUAUAAUGACACAGAACAGGACGGGGUUGGAAUUGCGGACCGGGUUCUUUUGAUUAAUGGGAAGGAGGUGGAUUGGAGCAGUGAUGCUGGCACCCAUCUGAGACAGGCCUUGAACUUAUCCCUUGAUGCUCAGAAGUUUUCUCUGGCUCGAGAAGUAUUUUAUGCACAGGGUAACAGCCCUAUUAUACAAGCAUCUGUGGCCCCUGUCUGCCUUUCUGGAAUCUGUCUCUCUAGCGUGGCAAUUAAACAGCUGCUUGGUCUGUAUUCUGGACCUAUAUUACUGAGGGGGGUGUACAACAUGGCCGUUGUUGUGUUAGGAUUUGCUGGUUAUUUCCUGUGCUCUGAUGCAGUCAGUCAGUGGUUGGAUUACCAGUCUGACCGCAAGGUGGCUGCUGUGUCCAAAUCCUACGCCACGGGAGGGAUAGAGUUUUAUGAGAAAAUACUGGCACAAAAUAGGAUUCUGCGGACUCUCAUGGGAAAACAGGGGGAGACCAUGUACUCUCCUAGCGGCAAUUUAUUUCCAAAUGAUUACCUACGCCUGAAAAAUGCCCCAUACACAUCCCGGAGAGACCGCAUCAAGAAUGCUUUGCUACAGAUGGAAUGAAGUGUUUGGCAAGGUACAGCUGAUGUUCAGUAUUCAGGACUGGAGACUUUAGGGAAAUCAUUUGUUAUAAUUUCAGUCUCUAUGUGACUACUGCAUACAAUUUGAGGAAAACUAUACCUCUGCAUUUUCAGAUGUGACCAAAAUCAUGAUUGGUAUUGAUUGGUAUUGUCUCUUGGCCAUUUUUGACAGUUAAUGGAAAAGUAUACAUUUUCAAUAAAAGAUGUCUAUAUUCCCUUUAAAUUUCAUUUGGCAAAAUAGAUUUGUUUUAGAUUACACUGAAUCCUUCUGUAUGUUUAUAUUUGUAUAUAUUUAUAUGACUGUGAGCUGCCAUAAUGUUCCAUGUUUGAGCAACCAGUUAAAUCUUAUCUGUAGACUGCUCUCCAAUCACCAGAUUACCAUGUCGACUGUCAGAAUGCUUGUUCUGUGUUAAGAGUUUAUUUUUAAAGUAUGAGUAUCCUUGCUUUAGUUAGCAAGAAAGGCCUUUACAAAAUACUUAAAGGGGGCCUGCGCCCCAGACAUAAAAAGCUGUAUAAUAAAAGUUAUUUUCAAAAUAAA